AUUAUUUGUUUUUCCAAAGAGGGCCUUUUACGAGUUUUGACGUGUAGAAAGGGAAUUUUAAAAAAAAGAUGAUUACUGUGAGUUCAAGAAAAAAUUUUUAAGCAUUUAAGAGGUGUUCAAGAAAUGUUCUUAUGAAUCGUCUUGUCCCUGUUUUAAGGAUGAAUGUCGACAGCUGAGGUUAAACACAGAUUAUGUAACAUUAAGAUAACUAGGUAACUUAGAAAACUAUAAUUUUACAAGACUUCCUUGGAAGUCUCGUUUUACAAGAAGUCUCAACCUGUGACACCAAGCAUCCUUUUAGGAUCCAGCACAAGCAGCAAGUGUUCUCGGGCUUACGGGCGUCUAAGAUGCAGGUCGGAUAAACUUCCACCCCGGUUCCCCUUCCCAAGAGGAUUUGCAGUCUCUCGAGCUUUUGCCAAAAUAUGAUCCUCCCCUGUCGCGGCUCAGAACCAACCUUAUGUAGUGGCCCCAAUUUGAUCGACAGCUGCUGGUAUUACCGACCUCCACCCGCAGGGAAGCUUCCAGUUAGCUCCCACAGGAACUUGUGUCCGCGCGUUCCCAUUUUCCCUUCCGGGUCGGGCCUGGCCGGUUUUCCGGUCUUGCGCAGUAGACGCCAAGCUAGUGACCUGCUGCACCGUUGCUAUGGUAGUAGGCAGUGGGGCGCUGGCAAGCUAGGUAGGGUGGGAGUCGCUGCGACUGCACUGAGCCCGGCUGGCAGGAUCACAGAAUGGGCUGAGGCAGCGGUGGCUGCCCGGACGAGGUCGACGAAAAAACCGGGCCUCAAAAUGGAGAUGUAUGAAACCCUUGGAAAAGUGGGAGAGGGAAGUUAUGGAACAGUCAUGAAGUGUAAACAUAAGGAUACUGGGCAGAUAGUGGCCAUUAAGAUAUUUUAUGAAAAACCAGAAAAGUCUGUCAACAAAAUUGCAAUGAGGGAAAUAAAGUUUCUAAAGCAAUUUCAUCAUGAAAACCUGGUCAAUCUGAUUGAAGUUUUUAGACAGAAAAAGAAAAUUCAUUUGGUGUUUGAAUUUAUUGACCACACAGUUUUAGAUGAGUUACAACAUUAUUGUCACGGAUUAGAGAGUAAACGACUUAGAAAAUACCUCUUCCAGAUUCUUCGAGCAAUUGAAUAUCUUCACAAUAAUAAUAUCAUUCAUCGAGAUAUAAAACCUGAGAAUAUUUUAGUAUCCCAAUCAGGAAUUACUAAACUCUGUGAUUUUGGUUUUGCACGAACACUAGCAGCUCCUGGAGAUGUUUAUACGGACUAUGUGGCCACACGCUGGUAUAGAGCUCCAGAAUUAGUAUUAAAAGAUACCUCUUAUGGAAAACCUGUGGAUAUCUGGGCUCUGGGCUGUAUGAUCAUUGAGAUGGCCACUGGAAAUCCCUAUCUUCCUAGCAGCUCUGAUUUGGAUUUACUUCAUAAAAUUGUUUUAAAAGUAGGCAAUUUGACACCUCACUUGCAGAAUAUCUUUUCCAAGAGUCCCAUUUUUGCUGGGGUGGUCCUUCCUCAAGUUCAACAUCCCAAAAGUGCAAGAAAAAAAUACCCAAAGCUAAAUGGAUUGUUGGCUGACAUAGUUCAUGCUUGCUUACAAAUUGAUCCUGCUGAGAGGAUGUCAUCUACCGAUCUUUUGCAUCAUGAGUAUUUUACUAGAGAUGGAUUUAUUGAAAAAUUCAUACCAGAACUGAAAGCUAAAUUGCUCCAAGAAGCAAAAGUCAAUUCAUUCAUAAAACCAAAAGAGAAUUCUAAAGAAAAUGACUUUAUGAAAGAAGAAAGAAAAACAAUUUAUACCAAUACACUGCAAAGUACUUCAAUUUGGGGAAAGGAAUUGGAAAAAGAGAAAAAGUCCAAGGAGAUCAAAGUCAGAGUUACUAAAGUUAAAGGAGGAAAAGGAGAUAUCUUAGAACCAAAAAAGAUAGUGUGUGAAGGUGGACGUUGUCAACAGGUUGCAGCUGAAAUUGCUCAUACUAUGUCUCAAGAUACAAAACCUGUAAUCAGUGAGCCCCCAAACCCUGUCAAUCCCAGCACUAACGCUAUAGGCAUGAAAGACGAUCCAUGUGCUGGAGGUAGUACGGUAAUGCCACCCAUCAAUCUAACUAGCAGUAACUUGAUGGCUUCAAAUCCCAAUUCAAACCUCUCCCACUCCAAUUCAAGGUUAACUGAAAGAGCCAAAAAGAGACGUACGUCUUCACAAUCUAUUGGACAAGUUAUAUCUAACAGGCAUGAGGAUACAGGUUCCACUCAAAGCCAAAUGGAGAAGUGUGUGUUUAAUGAGCGAACCAGCCAAACUGACCAAAUGGCAAAUGGAAACAAAAGGAAGCUGAAUUUUCCCAGAUCUGACAGGAAAGAAUUCCAUUUCCCAGAAUUGCCUUUCAUAAUACAAUCAAAGGAGAUGAAAGGAAUGGAAGUGAAACAGAUAAAAGUGUUGAAGAGGGAAUCAAAGAGAACAGAUUCAUCUAAAAUACCAACUUUACUUAAUGCAGAUCAAUAUCAAGAAAAACAAGAGGAUGGAGAUGGCCAUUGUAAGGGGAAGAAUUUGAAGAGGAACAGACUUUUUUUCUGGUAGUGUCUUCUCUUUUAAAUCUUAAAAAAUACAAAUUGGCAAGUCUUCCCUUUUAAUUUUAUGUACAACAGAAACAUAACAUGAGCUGUUACGACAGUAGUUAGUCCACAGUGGCAUCAUCCAACUUUGUUUUGUUAGCAAACCAUUCAUAGUUUUCUUCUUUCUUCUAAAAAUUCUGUUGAUGUGAUGUUAUGAUUUGGAAUUAUAAAGUCAUCUCCUCUCUA